CAGGAAGGCUAGUAACUUUUUGUAGUGAAAGCUGAGAUUUUCACAUACUCACUUGCUUCCAGGAGCUGGAGCUUUAAGUACCAAUAAUUGAGAGAGCUGUCAACAAUGCUUAAAGUAGCAUAGAUAAGGCUGGCCCUGUGCUAGGUUAUAAACUCCUUGGGGCAGGCAGCGUGUCUCCCUCUGUUUGUACAAGGUCAAUAAACAAUCUGCUGGUCUCUUGAAUGCUCCACUCACAAGGUUGUUGUCUGAACUGAACAACACCCUGGGGAACCGCCUGUGGCAAAUAAUUCUGCCCUGGCCCCUGCUUGGGUAUAGAUAAGAUCAGCUAACAGGGUGUUCCCAUUUCUAACCUGUAAGAUCUUUGCUCUUGUAAAAAUCCCCAAGCAACCAGUGUCUGCAGUGCAGCAGAGUAGUGGAGUGGGAAGGAGUCAACUAGAAGCAAGUGUGUCUGACACUUUAGCUGAUUGAAACCUUUGUUUCCUGGGAGACUGGCUGCAUUGACUCUCACAGGCUGAAGAUGGUGGAGACUUCUGACAUCGUGGCCCUGGACUGUGAGAUGGUGGGCAUGGGACCAUUCGGGACUGAAAAUGGAUUGGCCCGUUGCAGCAUUGUAGAUUACUAUGGCAACGUGGUCUAUGACCAAUUCGUCCAACCAGAGGGUGUUAUAACAGCUUUCAGGACCUCUGUGAGUGGGGUUCGCCCAGUGGAUAUGGAAGGAGCCACACCAUUCAGGGUUGCCCGGGAACAGAUUUUACAGAUCCUGAGACACAAGCUGGUGGUUGGCCACGAUUUACGUCAUGACUUUGAAGCACUGAAAGAAAACAUGUGGCGCUACCGAGUCUUUGACACAUGCAAUGACUGGCUGCUGAGAAAGGAAAGCGGGCUGGGAAACUCCAGGCGGGUCUCCCUCAAGGUCCUUUGUGAAAAGCUGCUCAAGAAAAGCAUCCAGAUAAGAGAAAAUGGCAAGAUCCUCUCAGAAAGUGCCCAAUCCUGGGAGGCAGUGAGUGCCCUCCGCUCCCUUGGAUGUCAGGAACUGAAGUUGAUGAGAGCUGGGAGCACUUGGGACUUCACAGAUGUGGGAUAAUGGAGACAGAACCAUGGAUGCAUCCUGCAUGGUCACUCCAGUUCCUCCUUUCAGCCUCCAUGUACCCAGAGCUGAGUGUUAGCAGCACAGGAAGAAUUCUCCAGGCAGUGCAGAAAAGAAGCGAAAGCUGGUUGGCAGCUGCCUUGGUAUAACACUGACGCUUGCACGGCACUGUGGGAGAAACGCAUCUCUCUGAGCCAAAGGCCCACUCUCAAUCAGAACACGUGCAGCUUGGUGGAUGAGGCCCAGGCCCAGAUGCUGCUGUGAUGGCAGAAAAUGCCCAGAGAAAGAGAGAGUCCCACAGGCCUGUAGGAGCUCAGGGCAUGUCCAAGACACAGCCCUUGAUGGUUUAGGAAUCAAGCUGGGGGUAAGUGGGAAUUGGACCAAAUCUUAAAACACCCAGCAACAGUCUGCGGGUUGCACUGGAGGUCAUGGCCACCUUUUGGAUAAGCAAAUCAUUGCUUGGCAUUCCUGUCCCCAAGCCCUGGAAGUGAUCCUAUGGGACAUUCUUCGUGAGAAGUAAUAGCACUGAUGAGCUGGGGCAGGCGACCCUGGCUAACAGAGCUGCCUUUGGGCCCUGUGCAGGAGAAUCUCGGUUUUAACUUAAAACCGACAAUUUCUAGUCCUUUUCCUUGUGCAGGGGUUUGAAAAUGCAACUGAUGUUAAACUGAUGCAAAUCAAUGACUACAAAUGAAAGGAAUAGACAGGCAGGCUCCAAGCUGCAGCGUUAAGCUGGAGAAGAAGGAUCUAACAUUCCUUUGCCUGCAAAACACCCCCUAGUCCUCAGCCAGGCUCUGGGCACUGGCCAGUGAUUGUCACAGGCAGAAACUGGUUCUUUUUGGAGGCAGCCAACCACAAAUUGUUUCUGACCAGCCUCAAAAUGCCUCGGCCAGCUCUGUUCAUUACAAUGUUCAGCCCCCUGAGUGCUGCAAGGGGAACUCCCCUCCCGUGUCCUGAGGAACCCCUGUAGUCCCUGCACCAUGGAUGCAACUCAGGAGCAGGAGAGGAGAGGGGCCAAGCUGCUGCUGUACAGAGUGGGGAGACUCAGUCCCCUGACUCCCCACAAGCUGCCCCACUGCCAGAGACUGCAGGACAAUGCACCCACCGCUGCUGUCACUGUGAAAACGGAUGUUGGGUAGGGCAGCCACCUAGAUGUAGCAGGGAGGGGAAGCAUGGCAGGGGAAGAGGUGCAGGGCUGGAGAACGUAGGGCAGGGACUGAUGGUGCUGGGAAGGAGGGGAAUGUUUUGCUCACAUCUCACUGAGGGCGGAGGAACGCUGUGGAAAGAACCCCUUGUUCAUGUUUUGGCACCACUGCUCUGAAGAAGAGCAUUAAAUAUU